GAGCAUGGCCACUUUUCACUUUAGAUCCACAAGUAGAUAAAAAUUCCAAUGCCAAUCAUUUGCAACUUUCAAUUUGUUCUGGAUUUGUGCCAACUAAAGAAGCAAAUGAAAGUAAUAUGGUUGUGAUGGAAGUCAAUUUGCCUUCUGGUUUUACUGUAGAUAAGGAAUCAUUACCUAGUCUUGAAGUAUCACAAAAUGUAAAACGAGUAGAAACUAAAAACGGAGAUACAAUCGUAAUAUUAUAUUUUGAUGAGAUGAGUAGACAAGAAUAUUGUCCUACAGUAUCUGCAUUCAGAACACAUAAAGUAGCAAAACAGAAACCAGUACCAGUUACUAUAUAUGAUUAUUAUGAUUCAUCAAGAAGAGCAAGAGUAUUUUAUGAACCACGAAAAGCUACUCUUUGUGAUAUAUGUGAAGAUGAAGAUUGUGAAGAUUUAUGUGUUUCGCAACCUGGUAAACAAAAAGAUUUUUCACAAUCCAGUGCUUCAUAUUUAUCAACUUGUAUAUAUCUAUACUCAUUAUUUACUUCAUUUUAUAUUAUAUACUUUGGUUAUUUGUAAUUUUAUAUAUUUUUUAAAAUUUUUAAAAUUUUACAUAAAAAUUUUGUAUAAACAAUUUAUAACCAAAGUAUAUUAUAUAUAAAUAUCAAGC